AUGAUCGAGACACUGAAAGAAAUGAAGCACGGCAAGAGCGGCAGUUACGAGAGCCUGGCGCUAGAACGAACGGCGAGCCAAAUUCUGCAUCGCAUGGAGGACAAGGACUCGGAAGACUCCUUGGAAAGCACUCGGACAAGAGUACUCGCGAACGCGCGCGCGAUAUAUGGACCGAAUCGUUGUCUAGACGUGAUAAGUUUCGCCCCGACUUCCUCACGAAAAAUUGGAGCUUGCAUCGUCGAACACAAUCCUUCGAGUAGAUCGUACGUGCAUUGUUGCUCUGCAAAGGAGGACUCGCGUCUCGCUGCCUUGGAGCACUUGCUUGUAAUCACCGAAGAUCUGCUCCAACGACUUAUGGAUGCCGAGGGCAUCACGAGUAGUGGCUGGUUGCCCGCCACGCCACAGUCACACCAUGCAGCAAUGUUCGGAAGUGCAGCUGGUAGCAUAGCGGGUGGAAAUAGUAGCGUAGCAAGCAGUGUCCAGCCAAGUCGUAGAGGCAGUGCUCAACCACAGGACCUCCUCAUCGACUACACGCAAGGUUCACCGCAGCUGGUGCAGCAGUCGCCACAGUUUCCACCACCCCCGAAUUCGGCACCAUCGCAAACUCCUUUCGUCAAUGACUUCAACACGCCUUAUUCACACCACCACAUCCAAAAGCCCAAGCUUCCUAGAGGCAGUAGUGAUACAGCGUUUCAGACGGCUACUAGCCCACCGAAGGCUUUUGUGCAGACAGUCCCGAGGACCAACAGCGAUAUCAUCCAGCAACCUAAGCCGAUGCCCGUUGGGCAGUUCCAGGGGCCUGGAAGAGGCAGGGUGCAAUGGAAUCUGGGCUCUGAAGGGUAG